CACACUCAUGGCACACAUGCAUCACCAAGGCCAUCUCUCCGGCGGGUAAUUGCCCGGCCCUUGUCGCACAACGCGCUCAUUAGCCUACCUCAUCCAAUUGGCGUCACGCCCUUCGGCUCUCUCGGGCGCAGCACAGCCAGCGCUCAGACACGCACCGGAGCUACUUCUGGGGCCGAAGCCUCGUCGACGCGCGACGCCUUAAGACCAGCGACCAGCAGCCACCCGUCCCUGCCGCGCUCCACCACCUUCCCACACACCCCCAAACCCAUCAUGUCGAAACUCUCCGCUCCGCUCAAAGCGCUCAUCCACGCGCCCUUUGCCCGGCCCGACGUCACCGCCGCCCCCAAGGCCAUCCGCGCCGUCUACCAGUCGAUAGCGAAAGAUGCCGCGGCGCGGGACGUCGCGAAGCCGUGCUGGCUGACGAUUGCGACAGCGACGACAAUGACGCUCAACUCGCCCGCGUCGCUCAGCACGCUCUACGACGUCGCGAACACCUCCCCCUCAGCCUCAACAGAAGCAGAAGCGCUCCGCACAGCCGAGCACAUGCGCGAAGUCGGACUCAAAUGCAUCUCCUUCAACGGCAUCCCGCGGAGCAUCAACAACCUGGGCAUAUUCCGGGCGUCACUCCCCGCCCACAUCAGCGCAAGGCUCACAACGACACCCACGCGGGAGCCGAACGCGCAGAACAUCGCCGCGAUAUCCGCGCGCGGCCGCGCCCUCUGGGACGACCUCUACCGCCCCUUUGAGGAGAAGCUGCUCGCCAAGCUGGGCGAGUCGCACCCAGACCUGCCCGUGCAUAUUCUGCACAGCCACUACAGCGCGCUUUUGUCGGACCCGGCGCCCACAGCCGAGGGGGAAGAAGAGGCACGGCCGCGCGCCGGCCGCGUCCUCACGUCUUUGAUCGCGAUAGCGUGCCUACGCGCGCAGACGGGCGUGGCGCCGCAGGUGGUGUCGCACGUGUUUGGGCUGCGCAAGGCGUUUGAGGCGGGGGCGGUGGCGAGCGCGGAGACGGCGCUGCCGGGCGCGAGGUGGUUGGCUAGUGAUGAGGGGAGCGUGUGGGUGCUCGAGACUGUGGACCGUAUUGUUAGGGCGUUUGGGGAGCCGAGUGGCUCGACGUUUGCGCCGGGGGUGGGGGCCAAGUUGUAGCUUUGAUGGUGUGUGUGGACUGUAGAUGGGUGGGUGGGUUCUUCGGUGUAGAUGUUUAGAGAUGAGAGAUUUAUAGUUUUAUUUGUAAAUAGUUCUUCUACAU